AUGAUUCCCACGAGCCGGGUCUCCGCCAUUGAGGACUGGCCGGCGCCGCGCACGUACCGCGAGGUGCAGGUAUUCCUAGGGUUCGCGAAUUUCUAUAGACGGUUCAUCUAUGCGUAUUCGCGGAUUGCUGCCCCCCUUACAGAUUUGUUAAAGGGAAGUGUUAAAGGCAGGAAAACGGGACCGUUUAUCCUUACCCAAGACGCUGUGAGGGCGUUUGAAGAAUUGAAGCAAGCUUUUGCAGAUGCCACGAUGUUAAAUCACUUCGACCCCGGCCUACCCAGUCAGUGUGAAACUGAUGCAUCUGGGAAUGGUGUCUGCGGAAUCUUUUCGCAGUUGACACCGGAGACUUUCCAACGUUGGAAGGAUCGGGGGUUAAUAACCUCUGGAGAUACAGGCAAUGGAAUGCCUGUAGGAGAAGGCUUUUUCACAGAACCUACAAGGCGCCGUGAAUGGAGACCAGUGGCCUUCUUCUCCAAGAAGCUAUCGCUCACGCAAAGAAGGUAUGAUACUCAUGAUCAAGAGAUGUUGGCAAUAGUUGAAUCCUUUAAGAUUUGGCGACACUACCUUCAAGGUUGCAAGUAUCCGGUGCAAGUUCUCACCGACCAUGCAAAUUUGCGUUACUUCUUGACAACAAAGAGCUUGACAGGACGUCAAGCCAGGUGGGCGGAGCUGCUUUCGGAGUAUGAUUUCUUUAUCCGAUACCGUCCAGGUCGGCUUAACCCCGCCGAUGCGCCAUCAAGGCGACCCGAUUAUGAUAUCGUUGAUGGGGAUGAGGAUCCUACAAAGGGACCUCUACCAUCACUGCAGAAGAAACUGGCUGCAGGGGGUUGGGGUUCUCUAAAGCUUGGGAACGGCGCCGGUAAGGCAGCUGCGCGACCCUAUACAGGUGGAGGAGAACUCGGGUCCCCGCAGGGGACUGGCACUGAAGGUCAUGAACUUCUCGUGCCACGUUUUGCUGCCAUUGAAUUGGCGGAAGACGAAACGGUCUACAACCUUCCAACCCAACGGCUUCUAGAAUUCAUUGGUGAGUUGCAGCAGAGGGACGCCCUUACUGCGGCUCGAAUCCAGAAGUUGAAGGAGGAAGGAUCCGGGUCGAACUUGGAAGGGGCAAGCCCUGAGCGGGGCGGUGCCGCCGAGGAACCAAGUCGCUGGCAACUAGGGGAAUGUGGACUCCUACUGCUAAAUGGUUCAGUCUUUGUCCCUCGUAGCAGGGCGGUGCGCCAGGAGUUAUUGAGGAUUCAUCACGAUGAUCCCCAUGCUGGGCACUUCGGAUUAGAGAAGACUGAAGAGCUCCUGAGACGUAAGUACGUUUGGGACAAGCUUCGGACAGAUGUCAAGGAGUAUGUUGAAACUUGUGAUGUCUGCCAGAGGAUAAAGGUUCCGCGGCACAAGCAGUAUGGCGAGUUGGCGCCACUGCCUGUUCCAAAGGGCCCAUGGCAGGAUCUAUCGAUGGAUUUCAUAGUUGACCUGCCGAAGUCGACAAGAGUCAAAGGAUAUGACUCAAUUCUAGUUAUUGUCGACCGCUUUACGAAGAUGGCCAAAUAUAUCCCUACCCACAAGAAGGUUAAAGCCCCUGAAUUGGCUAACCUGUUUCUAGAUGCCAUCAUUCGUGAUCACGGUUCUCCGAAAUCGUUAGUGUCAGACCGAGGAUCCCUUUUCACCAGUAAAUACUGGUCGGCCUUUUGCUAUCACCUUACGAUAAGGCGCCUCCUCAGCACCGCGUUCCAUCCUCAGACAGAUGGCCAGACUGAACGUCAGAAUCAGACAUUAGAACACCAUCUUCGGGCGUUCUGUUCAUAUCAUCAGAAUGACUGGCCUAGACACCUUCCGACCGCCGAAUUCGCAUAUAACAAUGCAAAGAAUGCAACCUUAAAAGUGUCCCCCUUUUAUGCUUGUUAUGGGUAUAAUCCUUCAUUACCUAGUGACGUCGCGGACGACGUCCUAAAGGGGGGGAUAGACAGUCGGAAUGUCGAACGGGAUCGUGGGACAGAGUACCCCUCGGUGCCAGAAGUAAAAGCUAGAUUGGAGCUUCUGGAUAGAAUCCACGGGGAGGCGGCGAAAAGCAUCCGCCGCGCCCAGGAGCGACAGGCGGAAUACUAUAAUCGAAAACACCUUCCAAUGAAGUUCUCAAUAGGGGAUCAAGUGUUACUUUCAGCAAAGAACAUCAAGACGACGAGACCGUGCAAGAAGCUCAGUGAGCGAUGGUUGGGACCUUUCCCGAUAAUAAGGGUAGUGGAAUGCCGAGGAAGAGAUCGCAAAAUAUGA